AUGAAAGUAUUUGCUUUAUUAGUUAUUAUCUUGGCCUUAAUUUCAAAUUGUAUGGGUGAUACAGCCUUUGCUAUUUGGAAUAAAGAUAGCCAAACUGCUGCUGCUGGUCUCUAUGACUUUGCCAAUAUCUACAAUACUACCGAAAAAUACACUUUAUCUGGUUACCAACACAUCAAUACUACCAAUCAAUACUCCACUUAUAAUGCCGUUACUAGAGUUAUUUCAUUCUUUGCCACUUCAUUAGCUGAUAAUCAUAUUUAUUUAUUCUCAUUAAAUGUCGAUACUUGGGUUGCUAACCAAGUAAAGAUUGAUUUCGAUCCAACUAAAUUCACUGUUUUAUCAAUUGAAUCAUCACAAACUACCAACGAUACUGAUUUAUUCCUUGUUAUGUCAGUUAAUCCAACUACUACUCAAAAUGAAUUCAUUGUUACUAAAAUGAAUGCUGCUACUGGUAUUUAUAACAUUUACGAUACCGUUCAAAUGACUUUUGCUUCUGCCUCAUAUGACCAAGCAAAUAAAUUAUUCGUUGUCAUCGUAAACAACGGUACCAACAACAUGGUUAGCACUUAUGAUAUUAACGGUGUUUUCGUUCGUUCAAGAGUAUACACCAUUGGUAAUGUCAACUCAAAUUACAAAGCCACCUCAUUACCAUACAAUUUAGUCUAUCUUUCAUCCUACUCUGCUUUCUACAUGAACAUUGACUUAAACGGUCGUCCAGAAAUUUUCCUUCUCUACGCAUCAACCCAACAAUUCUAUAACAAAGCUUGGUUACAAAACACUCCAUUCUACGUUAAAACUGCUAAUGCAAUCGGUCAAUCUAAUGGUUACAUUUAUCAAGAAACCAACAGUAACUCAAAAUCAUACAUCAACAAAUUCAAUGGUUACCAAUGGACUUAUACCAAAUAUACCGAUUAUUUAAUCCUUAACUUGUGGGGUUUAGUUUAA